CUCCCCUCCUCGGAUGAGAGGCUCAAUUCAGGAUAGCUUCAGAGUUUUAUUGUUCUUAAUAAGAUAAAAAGUUUUAUCCGUCGUGCGGAAUUUAUCAUACGAGAAUGGCUCGUGACGUUAAAGGACAGAGCUACAUUUGUGAAUUGUGAUGUUAUUGGCCAGGAAGUUAUGAAAAGCCGGUAGUGUAAGUGCAGCGAACAGUUUCGCUGGUCGGGGCUGCUCUCUUUGUCUGACACAGAGAGUAGUCAACGCGUGCUCUUUUGUUUGGGAUUUUGUCUUUGUUUUACAACAAACAGGCGAUCGUUGUUUUCGUUUAGGCCUCCCGAGGUUAAAAUAUUAGUUUAAAACAUGCAUCAUAUAAAGAAAUAUUUCACCGAGGGACUCAUUCAGUUUACGAUUCUACUGAGUUUGAUAGGAGUUCGCGUGGAUGUCGACACCUAUUUGAGCGGCUACUUCUCGCCUUUGAUAGAGACAGAUGGGGGACCGAGCUCGGCUUUUAUACAGACACCGUUUCACCACUACCGGGAUACCGCAGCGGGCCAUCAUGUGCACCCAAAAUGUCCCGAGCUGGACUAUUUUUUCACCAGCCGCAGGCUUCUUAAUGAAGUGCGAGCGCUCGGGUCCCCGGCCCGCUUCCCCACGCGUGUCAGCGCAUGGCUUGUGCACCUGGUACCUGACGAAGGGUCUGAUGGCGAUGAGCUACACGAGCUACCAGAGGACCCUGAUAAUCAGGAGGUAAAUACCGAAAAUCACCGGGAAGAGAAUGACCAUAGGGCUGGAGAGGGCUUCGGGCUGUCAUUAUCUCAGGAUUGCACCGUGUCGAGGCCUUGCUGCGCGUCUGGAGAACUUUCUAAAGAGGAAACCUUACUGAAUGAAGAGGAAGAGGAGGAUGUUAAAGAUGAGAAAAAGCAGGAACAAACCAAUCCUUCUUCUCUGAACCAGCUGACUCAGAGCUCAGCGCUAGAGCAAGAGGAUUUGGUGGUUAGUGGGUCCCUUCCUCCACCUCUUUCUGGUCUAGAGCUUCCUCCACGGUUGCAGGACUUUCUCUCUGACUUUGAAGAAUUUGACUCCAUAGUCCCCCAACACAUGUCAGACUUAGAAGCUGACCUUUCUAAUCCCAUCAGCUAUGAUGUAAGUCUUCAAGAUGCCAUGGUAACCAGGGGAGAUUCAGCUAACUGCAGGUCAGCAUCUUCCAGAGCACAACUCUUCCGUUUGGAAUCCACAAACUCCUCUCACUCAGACCCGCCUCACAGCUCAGCAGGGAUUCUCUCUUCUUCACUCUUCUGUUUGUCUGGGAACAGCUCUCGUAAUGAAACCUCCUCUUCUCAGUUGGGAGGCUAUCUAGAUGAGGCUGUUUUUGAGCACAUCAAUAUGUUGGAUCUAUGUAAUCUUGGAACGAUCGACCCUCAGAUGCUGGAUGACAUGCAAGGCGACAUGGACACUCAAUGGAUGGAGGAUUCAGACUCUGGUCUGUCCUUGGAGAGCAGUUCUAGGAGUGUCGCAUCCCCAUCUUCAUCGUCCGACUCAUUUGGUGAGGAUGAGAGCGGAGCUACAGGCUGUAGCAGUGAAGUAGAGUCUCUCUCUUCAAAAGGUGGAGCUUGUGCAGCUUCUUACUAUGAUUGGUCACCUGUAGACCUUCAUGAAAACAUCUGGCACGAUCACACUUAUUCAUCCACACAGGCACAUAAUUCCACAUCAUCUAAUUGGUUCACUGCUAUCAAACAGGAAGUGAUGAGUGAAGAUGAGGCUGAACCUGAAGAGAUGAGUCGUGAUGAACAUCGGGUGCAGGCGAUGGGUCUUCCAUUUUCAGCCUUUCAGAUUGUGAACAUGCCUGUAGAAAACUUCCUGGAGCUUCUAGACAGGCAGAACCUGUCCGGUUCAGAUGUUACACUUUUGCGCGAUGUGCGCAGAAGAGGUAAAAACAAGCUUGCAGCACAAAAUUGCCGCAAGAGGAAGCUGGAUGCAAUCGUGGGCCUGCAAGGUGAGGUUGAGAGCCUGAUGGUGCAGCGGGAUGCUCUCCUGCGUCAGAGGGACCACACAGCCAAGGCACUUUCUGCUGCUGCAGAACAAUUUGAAGCACUCUCGCGGACUAUGUUUAACCACAUCCGGGAUGAAUAUGGACAUCCGCUUAACGCUGAGCACUACACACUGCACUGCAGUGCCAACGGCCGGGUGAUGGUUCAGCCGCGCACAAACACAACAUCAAGGACAAUGAAAGGUAGCAAGACUGUGAAGAGAAAAAAGGACAAGAAACCCUAAAAGACUUUUUAAGUGUGUGUAUGCAUGCGUGUGGGUUUGCAAACAAAUAUUUUUGUUUUCUGAAAGGUGAGCUUUUAUCUUCGAGGUAAGAUGUUAUGGGACAUUUCUGGCUCUUCUUUUCUCCUAAAAGCCAUUCUGAACUCAAGUGGAGGGCAGAGAGAUUAGUAAAUAUUAGGGAUACACUGAUUUUUUUGGAGAGGGCUGAUACAGAUUCUAAUUGCCAAUUUUAAUGGCAACUUGGCAAGUUAUUUGAAUGUUUGUCAUUUAAAAUAGAUCACAAUAAAUUGCUGGUUUGGUUUUGAGCAUUUUCAUGCUCUAACAUUUUCAUAUUGAUGAGAAAUCAGCCAAUAAAAAUUAACAUCCCAUCAGUGCACCUUUACUAAAUAGUACACUUACAGCAUGGAAGAAGCUUUGUUUGCUUGCAGGAGAAAAUGUACUGAAAACACUGGAUGUUGUGUAUAGUAAGAGUGUGUAUAGAGAGAAUGUCUAAAAAGCACAUUUGAAGAUAAUAAAAAAUCAAAUCACUUUUCUUUAACUGUUCAUUUAAAUGGCAACCUACUAAGAUUGUUUCCAGAUGGUCACUGGAGGACCAUGUUAAAAAUGUGCGCUGCUGUUUGUUGCAGGGUGGAGCUUAAAUGGAUAGUUUGUCUAAAAUUGUUACUUGCACGCCUUCAUGUUGCUCCAAACCUUUAUGACAGUUUUUUUUUUGUUUUGAAAAUCUCUUACAAUGAAAUUCAGUAGGGGCCAGUGUUGUUUGGCUGUGUCACGCUUUUUGUGUUAAAAGGUUGGAAUGACAUGAGGCUGAGUAAAAACUUAGGGUAAAGUAUCCCUUUAACAAAUAACACCAUGGAAAUUACCUUACUUUAUUUGCAAAAAAAUAUUUAGAAUCAAAUACAGGCUGCAAAUGAAAUGGUCAAUAAUACACUAUUCUAUUAAUGUGCAUAUAUGACACAACUGUUCUGUUGUAAAUUACUGUCGCUUUCACUUACAUUUUGCGUUUAUGCACCUGCCUAACAACAACAAUUUGAAUGUGUUCCAAUAGCUUUUCCUGAAGGGUUUACAAAGUUGGAUUGCAUUUUUUUUUUUCGAUUUUAAUUUUCCUUUUAGUUAUUUUGGCGCAAAAUAAAUAUACAUAUUGAAGUGGUCAUCUAUGAUAUGAAGUCGCUGUAAAAGAAAAAAGUUGAGCUAAAGUGAAGCUAAUUAAACAUAAAUAAUUUGUGGUCUACCUCAUAGGACAGUUGUCAAACAUUAUUUGAAAAGGCUUGAUGAAUUCGCAGAUUAGUGUAAACGGUAAUACUGGGCCCAAACAAACAUGUUGUUUAUUUCUUUUAUUGCAGAGUGGUUUGAUUUUGUGUGAAAGCAGUUUUUUUAUUCUGUGUGUUUUUGAGCAAUUAUUUGUUUAUGUAUGUAUGUAUGUAUGUAUGUUUGUGUAAUGGGUUGGAAUAUUUUUACUUUUAAAUGGGAAUGUUCUAAAUCUGGCUCUUUUAUAUCUUUUGGAAUUAAUAAAGGAGGACUGUUGAACCUUU